CCCGGCCGCAGCGCCAACACUUCCCCAGAACCGGCAGGGGCCGUCGAGAACCACGCAGCUCAGCAGAGACAAGGGCGGCCGCAACCCCCAUCCCAGAGUCCCGGAUCCCCCCUCUCGUUCACGGAAGCAGCCUACCCUCCCCACCAUGGCGCCCCGCUGCCGUUACCUCCGUUAUCGCUGGGCCCGCCCACUAUACGUCAUGACGCUGUGCUAGCGCGCGGCGUCACGCCUGGCUCGCGCGGGAAGAGCCUCGUUCUGGCAUGGGGCUGCUCCACGCCGCGGAGCGCGAAGGCGGCUGCUCCCCGCGGCCCGUGGGGCCGGGAGUGGGAGGAGAGGGGGCCGCGCCCAUCUGCCCCGCCUUGGGGAAAGCGCCGCUGCGUGCCGCCAGCCAUGGAGAAGAGCUCUAAGACGCCGAAGUUCUCCAAUGCUGCCCUAGAGGGAGGAAAGCAGCGCGAGAGCCUGUCGGAGAAAGACAGCAUGAAAGCAAAAAGGACACAAUCCCAAUACCCAGCUUUUGGUAUGGCUCCCGUGGAAGAAGAGCAUUACAGUGAUUCAAUGAAAACUAAGCAGUUUGCAUCGAGAGCUGGUAGGGCUUUAAAGAUAAGAUAUGCUAAUACGUACCAGCUGGAGCCACAUAACAAAUUUCGGGAUUGUUUAGUAAGAGGCAAAGCUCAAGCAAUACUAACGAAUAAACUUGGAGAAGCCAAAUACAAUGGAGUUUCUAGCCCUUCCUUGUGUGCUUCAAUCUCAGAAGAAAUAUUAAGGGCUGUGAAGGAAUUGGACUUUGACCGUUAUAAGUAUGUGGUAUCAGUCCUAAUUGUGGAAAAGGCAGGUCAGGCAAUGAAAGUUGCCAGCAGAUGGGUCUGGGAUGCUCAGAAAGACAAUUGGGUUUCAGCUAAGUGUGAGACUGAAACAUUUAUUGCACUGGCUUUGGUCAUGGCUUGUUAUUACGAGUAAUAUUCUAAAAGCCACAGCUGGUUUUGUGUGUCACGGUACCUGGUAUAUUUGAAAAUUUUGCAAACACUUCAGUACUAAUUUUUGUUCUAAUGCUGUUGGUACAUUGAAAUUGACAUAUAGUUGAGAUAAUUUUGCUAAUUUUUUUUCCUGCCUAAAAAAAAAAAAAACACACCACUUUUGAAAUGUGUAUGGUUGAGUACAUAUGGGCGUCAUCUGUUGUAACGCUCUGCUG